AUGAUGAUCACCCUCCAGAACAAAAUCAUCUACAUGCCGAAUAUACCGCCGUACUCGCGGUCGGAGACUAUCGACGAUUAUGCGGGGCAGUGUCGGCCUGUGCAGUGGAAAGACGAUUCGCUUGUUACGGGUGACGGGGCGAGGAUUUCGUUGGCCGUAGGAGAAAUCCCAAAAGAUGAGGAUACGAGUAAAGUGGAAAACGGAGGGGAGGAUGUAGUGGUUUUAUAUUUCCAAGGCAACGCGUCUUCACUUCCACCGAGGUUACCAUAUCUCUCAAGAGUCUUGAGAAUGGCAGAUGGAGAUGGCAUGCUCAGUAUUGCAAAUGGGUUAAAGAAGAAUAUCACCAUUGUGGCGGUCUCUUACCGCGGCUACUGGACAUCAACUGGUAGCCCAUCGCAGAAGGGGAUUGAGCAAGAUGCGGAUGCUGCAUUGUCAUGGGUUCUGGAGAGAUACUUUUCUCGUGAUUCUCCGCGGCGUCGGAAACUUAUGAUAUGGGGACAGAGUAUCGGCGCGGGCGUAGCUACGAACCUUACAGCGAACUACCUACACGAUCCACAUGCAUUUCGAGCACAGUCACAACCCGCGCCCCAGGAUGAAAGCGUAGUACUCUCCGGCCUAAUCCUCGAAACACCAUUCACAAACAUGCGCGAUCUCCUCGUCGCCUUCUACCCCCAGAAAUGGCAUCCAUAUCGCUACCUAAGCCCAUUCGUCCGCUCCCACUGGGACAGUCUCCAAUCGACACAGCGCAUCGCAGAAGCCCCAGCAGACCACAAACGACCUAGGAUCUUCAUGCUAGAAGCUGGUGCCGAUGAAGUGGUCCCGGCGGGUAACGCAGAGCAGCUGGAGAGACAUUGCAGAGAACUGGGGUUGGAUGUAGAGCGCAGGGUUAUUAGAAAUGCGCUGCAUUCAGGUGUCCUUGCGAAAAGGGAUGGGCAGGUUUUGGUUGCGCAGUUUCUGAGAGAUGAGUCGGGGAAGAUAGCUGUAUCGUGA